AGCUGCGGUUUCCCUCUGCGCGCCAUGGCGCUGGAGGCCGCGGGGCCGGCGCGGCUGGUGCGCUGCGGGCAGAAAGAUGACCUGUACCGCAGCGGGCUGCGGAGCGCCGCCGGCUCCGCGCUGCACGGCCUCGCGGGUGCCAAGAAGUGGCUGGAAUGGAGGAAAGAGAUUGAACUGCUUUCUGACGUUGCCUACUUCGUCCUCACCACGUUGUCAGGCUAUCAGACCCUGGGUGAAGAGUAUGUCAACAUUGUUCAAGUUGACUCGACCAAGAAACGAGUUCCUUCUUUUCCUCGCCGGGCACUCUUCAUUGCUCUUCACACUGUGGUACCCUAUUGCUUAGAAAAGGGACUGCUGCAUCUGGAGCAGGAGCUGCAGGCAGAAGCUGAGUCCAGCACCUUGCAGCGCACCCCAGCACGUGGAUUUUCCACUAGGAUCUUAAUCCGAAACUGGAUACAGAAAGAAGUUGGGGUGCUGACAGAAGAGCAGAAGAAGAGAGUCCUCCAGGUCGUGCAUGUCCUUAAGCAAUGCAUCCCCUUGCUUCACCGGCUGCACCUGGCAGUGUUCUACAUGAGUGGCACUUUCUAUCACCUCUCCAAAAGACUUGCAGGAAUCUCCUAUCUGCGUUUUGGAGGACUGCAAGGAGAAGAUCAGAGCAUUCGAUCGAGUUACAGGUUCCUGGGAACAAUUUCACUCUGCCAUCUUCUUCUAACCCUUGGGGUCCAGCUGUACAGCUUCAAACAGAAGCAGAGAGCAAGGCAGGACUGGAAGCUGCACCGCAACCUAGCUCAUCAGAAAACUAUGACCAAGGAAAAGGCCACUGGGCACCACUCCCACUGCACUUUGUGUCUGGAGCAGCGGAGACACACGACAGCCACGCCUUGUGGUCACCUGUUCUGCUGGGAAUGCAUCACUGAGUGGUGUAACACCAGAACAGAAUGUCCACUCUGCAGAGAGAAGUUUCAUCCUCAGAAACUGAUCUACCUACGUCAUUACCAACUGUGAAAGGAAAAUGUUCCACGAAAAGGGCCUCAGCUCUCAGAGCCUUUAUGAAAUUGUCAUUCAGCCUGAGACAGUCCAAGAAAAAGACUUUAUUCUAAACCUGGUGCCUGCCUGGGCAGGGUGGCACUUCCAUUCCUGGUUUACAGAAUAAACCUGUUUCUGCCUCUAACCUUUCUCCCAAUGUGAUUCUUGACCAUAUUACAAAUGCCUCUCUGAACAGUGCUAACUGCAAAUGGAGUAGUUUUCUUCCCUUUGAACAGUGAACAACACAAAUCAGACUCUCAUUCUCUAAAUGAAAAUGUGGAGAGCAAGUCUUCCAAUUUUUCAUAGCAUGCUUAAGGCCUUA